ACGGGGGGCCGCGCGGCGCUGCAGACCCAGCCUCCCGCCGCCGCCGCCGCCGCCGCCUCGGCGCUUGCAGAACCCAGAAGUGAACAGCAGGCGACCCGGAAGGUUUGCGCGCGGCUCCGCACCGAGCCGGAGCCCGAGCCGGAGCCCGGAGCCGGAGCCCCAGCCCGGCCCUGCGAGGGCCGCCGGGCGCGGGGCUGCGGCCGCGUCCCGGAGCCGCCGCCAGCACAGCCAGGUGCUGUUGGGAACACAGAGGAAGUGACUGACUGGGGGUUCAGGGAAAGCUCCGUAGAAGAGGGAACACUUGAGCUGGGUCUUGAAGGAUGAGUAGAAGUUCACCAAGUGGGAAAGGACACUCUAGGAUGGCCGAGCCUCGAUUUAACAACCCCUACUUCUGGCCCCCUCCUCCCACCAUGCCCAGCCAGCUGGACAACCUGGUCCUGAUUAACAAGAUCAAGGAGCAGCUGAUGGCGGAGAAGAUCCGGCCGCCUCACCUGCCGCCCACGUCGGCUUCGUCGCAGCAGCCGCUGCUGGUGCCGCCGGCGCCGGCCGAGAGCAGCCAAGCCGUCAUGUCGCUGCCCAAGCUGCAGCAGGUGCCGGGGCUGCACCCGCAGGCCGUGCCGCAGCCCGACGUGGCGCUGCACGCGCGGCCGGCCACCAGCACCGUCACAGGUCUGGGGCUCUCCUCCCGGACCCCGGCUGUGAGCACGUCCGAGUCGAGUGCAGGCACGGGGACCAGCACCCCGUCCACGCCCACCACCACCAGCCAGAGCCGCCUCAUCGCCUCGUCCCCCACCCUCAUCUCAGGGAUCACCAGCCCCCCCCUCCUGGACUCCAUCAAGACAAUCCAGGGCCAUGGCCUGCUUGGCCCCCCCAAGUCCGAGCGCGGCCGCAAAAAGAUCAAGGCGGAGAACCCAGGGGGGCCGCCCGUCCUCGUAGUCCCCUACCCCAUCCUGGCCUCGGGCGAGACUGCCAAGGAGGGCAAGACAUACAGGUGUAAGGUGUGCCCGCUGACCUUUUUCACCAAGUCUGAGAUGCAAAUUCACUCCAAGUCACACACCGAGGCCAAGCCCCACAAGUGCCCGCACUGCUCCAAGUCCUUUGCCAACGCCUCCUACCUGGCCCAGCACCUGCGCAUCCACCUGGGCGUCAAGCCCUACCACUGCUCCUACUGUGAUAAGUCCUUCCGACAGCUCUCCCACCUCCAGCAGCACACCAGAAUCCACACAGGCGACAGACCCUACAAGUGCCCACAUCCUGGCUGCGAAAAGGCUUUCACUCAGCUCUCCAACCUCCAGUCUCACCAGCGCCAGCACAACAAGGACAAGCCCUACAAGUGUCCCAACUGCUACCGGGCCUACUCGGACUCCGCGUCCCUGCAGAUCCACCUCUCCGCCCACGCCAUCAAGCACGCCAAGGCCUACUGCUGCAGCAUGUGCGGGCGGGCCUACACCUCGGAGACCUACCUGAUGAAGCACAUGUCCAAACACACGGUGGUGGAGCACCUGGUGAGCCAUCACUCGCCCCAGAGGACGGAGUCCCCCGGCAUCCCGGUGCGAAUUUCCCUCAUCUGAGCCGACCCAAGGCGCCGCCCCACCCUGCCCACUGGCAGACACAGACCCAGGCAGCACCAGGCCCCAGCUUCCUCCAGGGGCCCUCCAGGAACAGCCGAGCUCUCUCAUGACCUUCCUGACCUUCCAGAAAGCCUGGGCUGCAGAAGCCCUGCCCGGUCCAGCUCCGGGGGCGGCCAGGCCAACUGCAAGAUUCUGGACUGUUUUGGUGGCAUCCAAAGACGAUCUCAGAGCACUUUGAACCUCUCUGUUGGGUUUCUUUUUGUUCCCCACCCUCCACUUGCUUCACUGUUUUUGUUUUUAAGUUUGUUUUGGAAAUAACAAAAAAGAUAUUUAUUGGCCAAGAAGUUGGUGCUGCUAAGACCGAGAAAUGAAAAGAAUCGGACAGAUGGACACAGAGAACCAGAGGGCAGCGUGGGACCUUCUCUUGCCACAGCCUCAGGUCUUGAGGGAAGGCUCAGGCCUGGGUUUCUGGACUGCAAAGGGGACCCCCCCCCCCCAGGUGGGAGGGGACAGGAAGCAUCUGGAGUGAGCCACUCACCCCUAGGUGCCCAGCUCCAACCUCUCGGGCUACACCCUGGGCAUUACUGAGCAGAGGGAUGAGGCAGCUCCUGGGGCUGCCCGGGCUUCAGGAGGCAAAACAAGAGAGGGGCUGGGAGAUCCGCAGGACCAAAGGGUGCAGCGUUGGGCUGGGCUGGGCACAGGCCCAGGGAAAUGGGGUGAGGGUGGGCUGGGUAAGACCUGGCCCUCCACUGCCCUGAAGACCACCCCAGUCUACCUCGGUGCUGGCCAGGAAACCUAUUGGCUACCUCUCCCACCAUCCCAGACUGUGGGCAGGGGGGUGGGGAGGGAGUGGGCCUAGGCUUAGGACCCCCCCUCCAGAAUUUCCUCCAGAUGGGGCAGUGCCCAGGGAGGGGUUAUGUGUCUUCCCUGUCAUGAAGGGGGGAAUCCCCAGUCCAGGCCCUAGGCCCCUCGGCAGGGAAGGGAUCCUCGGGGAGGAGGGUCCCAGGAGCAGACCCUGCCCUCAGCCCCCACAGACACACCCCGAUCUGAAAGCCAUGCGUGUCCAUGUAUAUAGGAACUAUGUACAGAGCCCGGAGAAGCCCCCCUUCAUCCCCCGGGGAAAAAAAAAAAAAAAAAACUAGACAGAAACUCAUCUAUAUAUUCUGUAUCUGGAGUUCCGUUUUGAAUAUUAACUGUGUUAUUUUUAUACACUUUUUAAGCCUUAACUCGCCAUUGAUUUACCAGUUUAACGUUUCCUGGGGUUUUUUUUCCCAUGGGGUUCUCUGCCCCAGCCCCCACCCCUUUGUUUGACUUGCGUCGUCGGAUACUCAGUAUUGUAGCUUUUUGUCCGCAUGUUACUACCCUGUAAAUACGCUGUUAUACAUACUGUUAACACCCCAUUUGCUUUUUUCUAUGGGACCUCCAGGCCACCAUAUCUAGAACUAGUUACCUUAUUAAAAAAGAGAAAACAGUCUGUCGGCUUCUCAGUCUGCAUCUUGGUGGCAGGGAGGUGAGGGCAGGUGCCCCUCAAUGCUUCAGGAAACAGGUUUGCAUUCUAUUUAAGAGAAGGGGUGGGGAGCAAAAUAAAAAUCCAGUGUGGGGGAAGACACUACAUGGGGCGAGAGACCAAGAAUCCCAAACCCUCUGCUCUUUGUAUUUCUCUGUUGUGAAGAAUAAACUGUACCUGCACCUGG